AUAAAACUGAACUGAACUGAAUGUAUUUUUAACCUUGAUAAUUCUACAGAUUUAAGAUUAAUAUGAGAGUUUGGAUUUUUCUAUUUUGUAUUUUUGAUCCAGUAAAGUCUCAGAGUACAGUGACAAAGCCUGGUGUUUGUCAUGCUUACAAAAGUUGUAAUGAUAUAAAAGCAUUGCCAUCAACUUCAUUUUGUUCCGGGUCUGGGAACGACGAAGAGUGUAAUGGAAGUGAGAAAUGUUGUCCUACCGAAUGUGCGCUCUGGAUAUGCAGAGAACCGAUUCCGGAGCCAAGAUCAGUAUGUCGGAAGCGACCCUCCACUAACUGUUCCCUUCACACCUCAAUGUGUAAUUCUGAUCUACAAUGUGCUUAUGGUUUGAUAUGUUGUGAUGUUGGUUGCCGAGCAGACUGCAGUCUUCCAACAUACCUAGACAAAAUGGCUUCCAGAUGGUCUGGAAAGGGCUAGUGUCUGAAAUUCAGUACUGUCUAGUUUUAAAUAAUAAAUUAAAAAAUAUAUAUAAACAA